AUGCCUACUGUACUUGUCGUUGGCGCUACCAGAGGACUCGGCUUCGAGCUCGCGAAACAGUAUGCCGAGCGAGGUGACACAGUCUACGGCACAGCACGUUCCAGCAAACCACAAGAAGCGCCCAAAAACAUAAACUGGAUUGAUGGAAUUGACGUAGCAGAAGAAUCAGCAGGCGAGAAAUUAGCAAAGUCACUAGGUGGCAGUCACAAGCUCGACAUUGUGAUACUCGCGGCUGGCUACUUUGGCUUCGAAACCUUUGACAAACUCGACUUCGAGAAGGAAUUGCUCAUGUACAAGACAAGUGCUAUCGGUCCGGUUUUUAUUGUGCACCAUCUCUCCAAGGCUGGAUUACUGGCAAAGGGCUCCAAAGUCAUUAUUGUCAGUUCAGAGUCGGGGAGUAUCACCCUGCGACAUGAAAGCGAGGGAGGCGGCAACUAUGGUCAUCAUGCAAGUAAGGCUGCUUCUAACAUGGUCGGGAAGCUCUUAAGCUUGGAUCUCAAGGAGCACGGUGUUGCCGUGGGCAUCAUCCAUCCAGCCUUCAUGCGGACUGAGAUGACCAAAGGUGUUGGUUUUGAUAAAUUCUGGGAUGCUGGCGGAGCGGUGACGCCUGAUGUUUCGGCCAAAUCCGUAAUCGAGUUUGUCGACACUUUCGACAUUUCGAAAACAGGAGAGUACUGGGCACCAAGAGGACCAAAAGACAUUGGAACUGCAGAGGAUGUACUGGGCCCGAAGGAUCAGCUCUCGACACCACUCCAGCUUCCUUGGUGA